UUUUUUUCUCUAAACUCUACGACGGUUCGACUCGACUUGGUUCUCAUACUUUUCUUCAUUUCCUGAGAUUUUUCAUUUAGAUCUACAAGGAUUCCAGCUCUCAAUUCACUCCUUCUCCGCUGCCUGAAACAACCACCAUUGUGACUCCGCGGCUGUCGUCGUCGACCGCUGCCUGACGCCUCUAUUUCAUUCACUGAUUCAGCCUAGCCAUGAGUGGCCACGAUUCGAAGUACUUCUCGACCACCAAGAAGGGUGAAAUUCCUGAACUCAAGGAAGAACUCAAUUCUCAGUACAAGGAUAAGAGAAAAGAUGCUGUUAAGAAGGUGAUUGCUGCAAUGACUGUUGGGAAGGAUGUGUCUUCGCUUUUCACUGAUGUAGUGAAUUGCAUGCAAACGGAAAAUUUGGAGCUUAAAAAGCUGGUUUAUUUAUAUCUUAUAAACUAUGCUAAGAGCCAGCCUGAUCUAGCAAUACUUGCUGUAAAUACAUUUGUGAAGGAUUCACAAGAUCCAAAUCCUCUGAUUCGAGCUUUGGCUGUACGGACAAUGGGUUGCAUUCGUGUUGACAAAAUUACAGAGUACUUAUGCGAUCCUCUUCAGAGGUGUCUAAAGGAUGAUGAUCCUUAUGUUCGCAAGACAGCAGCCAUUUGUGUGGCCAAACUUUUUGACAUAAAUGCUGAGUUAGUUGAAGAUAGGGGUUUUCUGGAAUCUCUCAAGGAUUUGAUAUCUGACAAUAAUCCAAUGGUUGUAGCAAAUGCUGUGGCAGCCCUUGCAGAGAUUCAAGAGAAUAGUAGCAGACCCAUCUUUGAGAUCACUAGUCACACACUCUCCAAGCUGCUUACUGCUCUAAAUGAGUGCACAGAGUGGGGCCAAGUUUUUAUAUUGGAUGCUCUUUCUAGAUACAAGGCAGCUGAUGCUCGUGAGGCUGAAAAUAUAGUGGAGCGAGUUACUCCAAGACUACAACAUGCUAAUUGUGCAGUUGUACUUUCAGCUGUUAAGAUGAUCCUCCAACAAAUGGAACUUAUCACCAGCACUGAUGUUGUUCGAAAUCUUUGCAAGAAGAUGGCUCCUCCUCUUGUGACAUUACUUUCUGCAGAACCUGAGAUACAAUAUGUUGCAUUGCGAAACAUCAACCUAAUUGUACAGAGACGGCCUACAAUCCUUGCACAUGAAAUUAAGGUGUUUUUCUGCAAGUACAAUGAUCCAAUUUAUGUGAAGAUGGAGAAACUAGAAAUCAUGAUAAAACUGGCCUCAGACCGAAAUAUAGACCAAGUUCUGUUGGAGUUCAAAGAGUAUGCGACAGAAGUAGAUGUGGAUUUUGUCAGAAAGGCUGUUCGCGCAAUUGGCCGCUGUGCCAUCAAGCUGGAGAGAGCAGCUGAACGCUGCAUUAGUGUCCUGCUAGAGCUGAUUAAAAUUAAAGUAAAUUAUGUGGUUCAAGAGGCUAUUAUAGUUAUCAAAGAUAUAUUUAGAAGAUACCCUAACACUUAUGAAUCAAUUAUUGCAACACUUUGUGAGAGCUUAGAUACUUUAGAUGAGCCAGAAGCUAAGGCUUCUAUGAUCUGGAUAAUUGGGGAAUAUGCGGAAAGAAUUGACAAUGCUGAUGAGCUCCUGGAAAGCUUCUUGGAAAGUUUCCCUGAAGAGCCUGCACAAGUUCAGCUGCAACUGUUGACUGCAACUGUCAAACUCUUUCUGAAAAAGCCAACUGAAGGCCCUCAGCAGAUGAUUCAGGUUGUUUUGAAUAAUGCAACUGUGGAAACAGACAAUCCUGAUUUACGUGAUCGUGCAUACAUAUAUUGGCGACUGCUUUCUACUGAUCCUGAGGCUGCUAAGGAUGUUGUGCUGGCUGAGAAGCCUGUUAUCAGUGAUGAUUCUAACCAACUUGAUCCAUCUCUCCUUGAUGAGCUUCUUGCCAACAUUGCUACGUUGUCCUCUGUGUAUCAUAAGCCCCCAGAAUCAUUUGUAACCCGUGUGAAGACAACAGCACAAAGAACUGAAGAUGAUGACUAUCCAGAUGGGAGUGAAACAGGGUAUUCGGAAUCACCUGCUCAUCCUGCAGAUGGUGCUGCAUCGCCUCCAACCAGUUCAAGUAAUGUUCCAUAUGCUGGAGCAAAGCAACCUGCCCCUGCACCGGCUUCUCCUCAGCCUGCAGCUCCUGUGCCGGAUUUACUUGGUGACUUGAUAGGCCUGGAUAAUAGUGCUAUUGUCCCUGUUGACCAGGUGUCUACUCCUGCCGGUCCGCCUUUGCCAGUUAUUCUACCAGCAUCAGCUGGUCAUGGUUUACAAAUCAGUGCGCAGCUAAUUCGAAGAGAUGGUCAAAUCUUUUAUAGCUUAUUGUUUGAGAACAACUCACAGAUUCCUAUUGAUGGGUUCAUGAUUCAAUUUAACAAGAAUACAUUUGGUCUUGCUGCUGCUGGACCCUUGCAGGUUCCACAAUUGCAACCUGGGACAUCAGCAGCAACUCUGCUGCCUAUGGUAUUGUUCCAGAACAUGUCUACUGCUCCUCCAAACUCACUUUUGCAAGUUGCUGUGAAAAACAAUCAACAGCCAGUACUGUACUUUAAUGACAAAAUUUCAUUGCAUGUAUUCUUCACUGAGGAUGGGAGGAUGGAACGUGGAAGCUUCUUAGAGACAUGGCGGUCCCUUCCUGAUUCAAAUGAGGUCUCAAAGGACUUUCCAGGCAUUGUAGUGAACGGUGUAGAAGCUACUUUAGACCGUCUGGCUGCAUCGAACAUGUUCUUUAUUGCAAAGAGGAAGCACGCCAACCAAGAUGUGUUCUACUUCUCCACUAAAAUUCCUCGUGGAAUUCCCUUUCUGAUUGAACUCACCACAGCUGUUGGAACUCCAGGGGUCAAGUGCGCAAUCAAGACUCCAAACCCCGAAAUGGCACCACUGUUCUUUGAAGCUGUCGAGACUCUCCUGACUAGUUAUUAGUUAAUCAUGUUUCCUGUGGCAUGCUUAUUAUUUUUGUUUUCCAUAUCUUAUUUCGGCAAUUUUUGGUGUGUAAAAUCUGCUUUGGGUAGUGAGGUUUUGAUUGAUAAUUCUGACCUUAUUAGUUUUUUUACUUUUUUUUUUCCUCCUUUUUAUGACAUCUGUAUUAAUCUGAACCAUAGAUUCUUGUAUGAUUUUAUUGUUACUAAUUUUUUUUUUUUUUGGGGCAGUGACUGAAGCACUUGUAUUCUAUUGGCUUGUAAACUACUUUUUUUUUUUUAGUAGUUUUUAGCAAUGAUGGCAAGAAUUCGCAAUGAUUUUUCUCAUCAUAGAUUCAGUGGUUGGGGGACAUUGUUAUGCAUUGAAAUCCAGAGAGAUGCUUUUUCUUAA